CCAGAAAGAAGAGAAAAAGAGAAAAGUUUUGAUCUUUGAGAGUUGAGGAGAGAGAAAGUGUGUUUUGUGUGAUAAGUAGUGUUGUUGUUGUGUUCUACUGUGGGUAUUGUGGUUGUGUGUGAGUGUGUCGGCGCUGGGUCACUUUCUGUCAACAUUGUCUUGUAUAUCUAACAAGAACAUAACAAAGAGUGGCCAUUUUUAUUUUUUUUUCUCUCUCAUUCUUCUCUAAACUUUAAUUUAUUCCAAAGUACUUAAAAAACUUUGAUUGAAGUGGAUUGAUUAGCUGCCAUUGCUAAUAUCAAAGUCAUUCUUCUUUCUUUUUCAAAAGAUUCACCAAAUUUGUUCAUUCGGCGCCUUGUUUGAUUCCGGGUGCUCUUUUUUUUGCUGUUUUAAAUAUUAAAUUUUUGAUUUUUUUGAAGUUAGAAUAAAAAAGGGGCAUGUGAUUUGUAUAAACCCUUUUGUUCAUAGCAAGACCCACCUCAUGAAUUUACUAAUUCAGAGGAAAGGAGGAAUUUUGCAUUCAAAUGUGGGCAAAUUUUGGUGCAUUUUUGAUGUGGGUGUUUGUCUGAACUUUGAAGAUCAAAUGUAAUUUGGUUUUGAUGAAUGAUAACUUCUACUACCAUCUCUAACUAAAACUGGUUUGAGUGCCAAAUGUCAAGGCCUCUUGCAGCCAUAGUAGGAGGUGCUGCAGGAGCUGUGGCAUUUGUGGGGAUAGUAGUAGUUCUUAUUUGGUAUUGUUUGUUCCAUAGUAGAAGUGCUUCAAGAACUUCUGAGACUGGGUCUUCUGAGCCUUCUUAUCAAGUAGGAAAAUCUGGUGGCAUUGAGUUGUCAAUUCGAGAAGCAAGGCGCUUUAGCUGGGAAGAAUUGUCUGCUGCUACAAAAAACUUCAGUGAACAAAGUUUAAUUGGAGUUGGAAAGUUUGGAGAGGUCUACAAGGGUUUGCUUACAGAGGGUGUGCUAGUGGCCAUAAAAAAGCGGCCCGUUGCACCUACUCAGGAGUUUGUUGAAGAGGUACGCUAUCUUUCAUCUAUACAGCAUCGGAACAUUGUUACACUUUUGGGUUACUGCCAAGAAAAGGAUCAGCAAAUUCUUGUUUAUGAGUACGUACCUAAUGGAAGUGUUUCCAGUCAUUUAUAUGGACCUGGUCAUGGCUCUCGAGAAAAGCUGGAAUUCAAGCAUCGAUUAUCAAUAGCUCUAGGGGCAGCUAAAGGUUUGGCUCAUCUUCAUUCCAUUAGCCCCCGUUUGUUGCACAAGGACUUCAAGACCUCGAAUGUCCUUGUUGAUGAAAAUUUUGUAGCAAAAGUUGCAGAUGCAGGAAUCCGGAAUUUUCUUGGAAGAUCCGAUGUAGUGGGCCCGUCUUCUCAAGUGGAAGCUGAUGAGGUUUUUCUUGCUCCAGAGGUAAAAGAGUUCAGACAGUUUUCUGAAAAAAGCGACGUGUACAGUUUUGGGGUUUUUCUCUUGGAGUUGGUCUGUGGGCAGGAAGCAAGAGAAUCAUAUUCCCCAGACUCCAACCAAACUUUGGUUGAAAGAGUGCUAAAUUACAAUGACUUCAGCACUGUCUCUACCAUGGUUGAUCCAAGACUAGGAAAUAGGUUCACAGUGGAAGGGAUGGAAGAGUUUGUACAGCUGAUCGUCCGUUGUAUAGACCCUUCAAGUGAACUCCGACCCGGGAUAAGUUACGUGGUAUCCGAACUUGAUGGUAUAUUGGAGAAAGAGAUGAACUUAACAACAGGCAUGGGGGAAGGAACCCCUACAGUGACUCUUGGAAGCCAGCUUUUUAGAGCUUUGAAAUAAAAGGGCACCAAGAAUAUGCAUGCAUGCAGCCUCUAGUGUGAUUUUCUGUUAUAUAUAUCUUCAUUCAUCUUGUGCAUCUUUUGCUCUAUAUCUUUAUUUAUUCAAGGAAAAAAAAAAGGUCGUCAAAGAAACAAUGCAGCUGUUUGAUAAUUGUAUAAAGAAUGGCUGUAAUAUUUUUUGAUUUUUUUCCCCUUCAAUCAUAUAUGUAUGCAAUCAAAAGACCUUAUUCUAAACAAUUAUUCGUUUGUUAAUAUAUAGGGGUGAUCUGAUUUUGCUCA